AUGGCAUGUGUUACAACCACGUCUUUCUCUAUCUCUAUCAAUGGCAACAUUCAUGGAUAUUUUAAAGGGAAACGUGGUCUUAGGCAGGGUGAUCCUUUAUCACCUUACUUGUUUACGCUUGUCAUGGAAGUUCUUUCUUUAAUCUUGCAGCAGAAGGUGGCAAACAACCCGUUAUACAGGUUUCAUAACAGGUGUGCAAAGGAUAGAGUAAUUAAUGUUUGUUUUGCUGAUGACCUAUUCCUGUUUGCUAGAGGUGAUAUAGCUUCAGUGAGUACCAUUAUGGAAGUGAUUAACGAAUUUCAAGAAAUGUCAGGACUCGUGCUUAGCGUUCCAAAAAGUACAACUUUCUUAUGUAAUGUGAGUGAUAGUUUGAAGCAUGCGAUAUUGAGCAUUAUGCCAUUUGAACAAGGGCAGCUACCAGUGCAAUACUUGGGGGUUCCAUUAAUAUCUACUCGGUUGGUCUAUCAAGAUUGCAAGAUAUUGCUGGAGCGGAUGGAGAAACUGUUUAUCCUGCCGGCUAGAAUUAUUAAAGAACUCGAGCAACAAAUUAGAAGAUUUUUAUGGAGUCAUGACUCAGCUGGAAAGAUUAAACCGAAGGCCUCUUGGAAGUCUAUUUGCUUACCUAAAGCUGAAGGAGGACUUGGUAUCCGACGAAUUCAGGAUGUCAAUUAUAGUCUAAUGACUACACAUAUAUGGAGCAUAUUGACAAAGCGUGAUUCUUUAUGGGUGAAAUGGAUCUAUUUAAAUAAGCUCAAAGGCCGGAGUUUUUGGGACGUACCGCUUCAAGCCGGUGCUAGUUGGGGAUGGAGAAAACUUUACAACUUAGAACCAAAAUCAGGCCGUAUAUUUGGUCGAAUAUUGGGAAUGGACAGAAGACAAGCGCCUGAUUCGAUAGAUGGAGCUCAGCUAGUCCACUCGCAACCAUUAUAUCCCCGUGUAAUAUUGCAAGAGCUGGUUUUUCUAUGGAUGCUAGAAUAG